CUCUAUUAUUCAGGUAACCUCCGUUUACCAAGAAAAAGCAGAAAACCACCAUUUUCAGUGGUGAAGGAAGGGGGAAAAGCAUCUUGCUUUAGGGUCUCUCAGGCUUUGCCGAUUGUAAUUCUUUGUGGGUUUUCUUUCUUUUCUUUUCUUUUUUUCUUUUUCGGUUUUUGAUGGAUGAGAAUUUGCUCGAUGAUAUUAUAAGGAGGCUGUUGGAGGCGAAGAACGGCAGGACUACCAAGCAGGUCCAUCUGACGGAGGCCGAGAUACGCCAGCUCUGUACGGCAUCCAAAGACGUCUUUCUUAACCAGCCUAAUCUUCUAGAGCUCGAAGCACCCAUCAAAAUUUGCGGAGACAUUCAUGGUCAAUUUUCAGAUCUUCUUCGCCUGUUUGAGUAUGGUGGGUACCCACCUGCAGCCAAUUAUUUAUUCCUAGGGGACUAUGUUGAUCGUGGUAAGCAGAGCAUAGAGACAAUAUGCCUUCUUCUUGCAUACAAAAUCAAAUACAAAGAGAACUUCUUUCUUCUCAGAGGCAAUCAUGAAUGUGCUUCAAUCAACCGUAUUUAUGGGUUCUAUGAUGAAUGCAAGAGAAGGUUCAAUAUUCGUAUCUGGAGGACAUUUACAGACUGCUUUAAUUGUCUGCCUGUUGCUGCUCUAAUUGAUGAGAAGAUUCUUUGCAUGCAUGGUGGCAUAUCUCCUGAUUUGGCCAACUUGGAUCAGAUCCGGAAUAUUGCUCGUCCUGUUGAUGUGCCAGAUCAAGGUCUUCUCUGUGAUCUCUUGUGGGCUGAUCCUGAUAGAGAUGUUGAAGGUUGGGAAGAGAAUGAUAGGGGUGUCUCAUAUACAUUUGGGGCAGACAAGGUUGCUGAGUUCCUCCAGAAACAUGACCUUGAUCUCAUCUGCCGAGCUCAUCAGGUAAUGUAAUUUGGAUUGAGAUCGGCCUUCCUAGCUGGCUCUGGCAAGAAGCCCAUGCUUGCAUUUUUGCAAGAUUUUCCACACAUUUUAACUGAAAUUCCAUUAAUUGAAAUCAUUCGAUCCUCUCUAUUGCUAUAUUUAAGUGAUUCUUAUGGGGUGGUAUACUGGACAACACUUUGUCUGUAAACAUAAGAAAACUGAAGAGGCUGAUCACGUUAACAUGAUAUGCUCAAAUCAGCUCCCCUGGAAACCAUUUUCUUGGUGUCAAUAAAUUUAGGCAUGUGAACAGAUCUAACUCGUGAAUUGUUUCUCCUCCCCUUUUUUUUUCUUUAUAUAUAUUUUAAUACUUCAUCAGGUUGUAGAAGAUGGUUAUGAAUUCUUUGCAAAGAGGCAGCUGGUGACCAUAUUCUCUGCGCCAAACUACUGUGGUGAAUUUGACAAUGCAGGUGCCAUGAUGAGUGUUGAUGAUACUCUUACAUGUUCCUUUCAAAUACUUAAGGCUACAGAGAAGAAAGGAAAAGUUGGAUUUGGCAACAUGUUGAGACCAGGAACUCCACCUCACAAGGGUGGGAAGGGUUAAUCAAACUGCAAACGUGUGAAUGACAAGAUCUUUGGACGAGGGUUGCUCUGUUCUCUAUUUCAUGUUCAAGCUCUCCACAGCAAUCAAAUCAAUUUCUGCAACCUGCAGUAGCUUCAAUGCAGUGCUAGUCUUUCAAGCAAAAGGAGUUUGAAGUUAAAAUUACUUCAACAGAAACAAUGCUGAUAAAGAGUUGAGGCAGCCAGUUAUCAAUUGGAACUCAGUAUCAUUUUUGUUGUUUCUUCUUUAAUCAUGUAAAAUGGAUUCGUGACUUGAAUUGUUCAAUUGCAACUGGUGUGGUUUCUCAAUUUUCUUUUCAUGGCAAUGCAUUCAUCUUCCUUUGUUUUUAAACUGGGUAGUCUCCUGCUUGGUAUGGAAUACAACAG